AUGUGUAAGAGGGAUUUCGUUGGAGGUGCUCCAGGUUUUGAUAAUGCGGCGGCUCAGGUCAAUUACAUCCUCGAUUUGCUGAACCAUCUCAUCUCGGGGGAUUCUCUUGAACAAUUCGUUCGCUCUGGAGACCUGUCCAGUUUGGCUUGGGCCUCUGUGUGCGCUGGGGUGGAGUGGUGUCGGGUUGACACAAAUUUUCCGGGCGCCACGGUGCCACUCUUUUGUGGUAUUUAUUGCUCUCUCCCUCCCCCUCUCUCAUCUGCCUUUGAUCUUGCCGCGUUGCGGUGUGCAGCAGGCAUGAAGCAAAGUCUGCGUCUGGUUGUGAAGGCCUUGGACUCCAGCGAGGUCCUCGACUCGUCUCCCAGCAACGUCUCUUCCCUCCCCCAAGCUCAGCGUGUCCAUCACCGUCUCAUUCACAGGCCUCACUUUCGUCAACAUUGA